AUGAGAAUCGCUGGAGCUGUCGCCGUUGUUCUUGGUACCUUGAUCUCCGCUUCGACGGGCUCGAGCCUUGCCGCCCAAUAUGGCUGCAGCAACCCGAACACUUACCGCAUCACCAAGUGCGGGACCGAGUCUGAGUGGAACCCCAUCUUGACCUUGCAGAUUGCGACUGACCUUGUCUCCGAGCCCCAGUUCAACUUCCCUCCUGCCACGGUCCAGCUCUGCUACAACCAAACCAAUCUCAACAUGAAAUUUGUUGCGUCCGGCGAGCCGUCGUACUAUGUGAACUCUACUCUGGGACACAACGACAACAUUUGGGCGUACACCGUCAUGGAGACGUUCCUUCAGACUGGCACCGACGACCCAAGCAACUACCUCGAGUUCGAAGUUGCACCCAACGGGGUCACGUACUCGUCCUUUGUGUAUAAUCCCUCUCUUGUCAGGGCCGCCGGUGCUCCCUUUGGUCAUUUCUUCGUUCCCGUCUAUGACAACGGAAACCAAGGUGCCUUCAUCGGAAUCAGUGCAAACACCAACACCAAUCCCGCGGCAAAGACUUGGUCGUCUCAAGUGAGCUUUCCCCUCAGUCUCUUCAACGUCAACAGCCCCGAAGGCACCUUUUGGCGAAUGAACUUUUUCCGAACCGUGAUGGUUCAGGAUAACACCCAGAACUGGGUUCAGCACUACGGCGCCUGGAAUGCCCCCAACGUCGUAAGCUUCCACAUUGUUCCGUGCUUUGGACGAUUCUUGUUUGAUUGGUGA